CUUGCGCUGUGUACACUAAAUGCGGAAUUGCCUCGUGCUGUCUAGAUCCCGAGCCAACAAAUAGUACGGAUAUGAAAGCAACUUUACAUCAAUUCCAACUCAAGAAACGUGUUCAGAUCUGGCACCACUUAAAUAAUCUUGGAUCGUGCUGAUGAAGUCAAAAACGCCAUCUUCUUGAUCUGUGUAAAGCGAUGGAUGACCACCUCCAACCCCUCCCAGCUCUCCUGCUCCAGAACGGCUCGCGCAAUCGGAAGGGGAUCGUGGUUUUCUCCGGUGGCAGCGCCGCCAACAAUCUCGUCGACGUGUUCUCGACGCUUGUUGAGAGCCGAAAAUGUAACCUGAGUUAUGUCAUCCCCAUCAGUGAUAACGGGGGAAGUUCGUCCGAACUGAUCAGAGUCGUGGGAGGACCGGGGAUCGGUGACGUGAGAAGCCGCUUGGUCCGCCUCAUCCCCGAAGACGACGACGUGAACUCCGAGCGGACCGCCCUCCACAACUUCUUUAACCAUCGGCUGGCACCCGACCCGGACAAGGCACGGCACGAGUGGCUCGAGAUCGUGGAAGCGCGAAGCCCCCUGUGGAGUCAUAUUCCGUCCGAAAAGAAGGAGCUCAUCCGUUCUAUCUUGAACCACGUCAACCAGGAGAUCGUGAAGCGAAUCCGGCCGUCGUCGACCUUUAACUUCUCGGCGGCGAGCAUUGGGAACUUGUUUUUGACUGGUGCGCGACUCUUCACAGGGAGCUUUGAAAGCGCUAUAUACCUCCUGAGCAAUAUCUGCCGGGUCCCACACCAUGUGUCCGUAUUGCCGGCUAUCAACACUAACUUCGCACAUCAUAUCGCUGCGGGUUUGACCGAUGGAACGUCCAUCGUCGGGCAAAAUGCAAUCUCCCACCCGAGUGAGCCAACCUCAUUAAACCCCCACGCGAACAUCGACGCGGAGACGAAUGCCCAUGAUUCGAUCGAAGAUGCCAAUCUCCCGGGGACGCUCCCCACCUUGCGCAAACAGUACAUCUCCUUCUCCAAACACCACGAAGAAGAUCUGCCGUCGCGCAUCGACCGGAUCUGGUACAUCAACCCCUACGGCCAGGAGAUCGGCCUCCUCGCGAACCCCAAGGUGGUUGCGGCGCUGGACGACGCGUCGGCCGUGAUCUUCAGCAUCGGCUCGCUGUAUACCUCCAUCAUCCCAUCGUUGAUCCUUCGCGGUGUGGGAGAGCGGCUCGCGUCCCCGGCCAUCCGCAACAAGGUGCUCAUUCUCAAUGGUACGAUCGAUCGGGAGACCGGACCGUCGAACAACCCGUAUACAGCCGUGGAUUUCAUCGCCGCAAUCGCCCGCGCCGCAGCAACGAGUCGCGGCCAACAUCAACCGCCGGACCCCCACGAGUACAGGUUAUAUGUGACGCAUCUGAUCCAUUUAGACGGAGACGGGGCACCUAAGGUCGACAAAGACGAACUCUCCCGCCUGGGGAUUGAGACCAUCCGGUUGUACGGACGGAAGAUGAGUAAUGGGAAGGGACUGGGGUACGAUGGGAAAGGGUUGACGCAGGCGCUGGAGGCGACGAUCGGCAAACGGGACCCGAGUCGGAGCCGGAGGAAUACGUUGAAUGAUUCGUAUCCGUCGAAUCAAAAACCAGACGCCACGCCUUGACCUAAAGCAAUAGAGAUGGAUAUCGUGGAACACUCCGAAUGGACGUCAUCAACUCCCGACGCCGCGUUCACCGAAUCGUGACCGCCUUCAGCUUCUUCCCCAGAUCCUCCGUCCCCUCUGGCUUCCUCUUCAGCAGCUCCUCCAGCCCUAGGUCGCGCCACACCGGCUCCUUCACUGUCUGGGUGGCGCGCGUGAUCCCGAACGCCGCGUGCUGGUCCGGUACGACGUCGUCUUCGUCCUCCGGGUUCAGUGGUUGGAGAUGGGAGGGGACGAAGAUGU